AUGUUCGGCCGCGUUUGCUUGACGCUCGACGGUAUCUUCCUCCUCUGCGGUGCGUUUAUCGCCGAUUGGAAUGAGACGCACAUCCACAACCCGCGAUGGCCUCCCCACGCUAAAUUCCACAAUGCACAAACUAUGUCACUCUCCUUCAUCCUGGGAGUCGCGACGCUCUUCUUCACGUGGCGGACGCACGCGACGCCUGCUUUGGCCAAAGAAUCCUUCCGGAUCGCAGGGUUCUUGGGGUCCAUCUACUGGGUCGCCGGAUGGGCGUCUCUUCUGUACCCAGGCACAUCCGGCCGGGACCCUGAAUUCGGCGGUCCGGAUUUCCCGCAAAAGUACCCCUUCACGAUGGCGCUUGGGUUGGCCGUAACGGGGGCAUAUCUGGAAGGGGCGUUCUAA